AUGCAGGAUCAAUCUCCUCCGGAGACCACCCACACGACGACUAGGAAGCGCUCAUGUUCGCCCUCGUCAUCCUCAACCAAUAAUGUUGGAAUCUCCCUAAAAGGAGCUUCCGCACCGUCUAAAGUGGAGAAAAAAAUUCCUAAGAAAAGCAGAGCGGUUUUGAAGGCUUUGAAGAAAGCCAACCUAGCAUCAGCAGGGAUCAGGGUCCCUAGCAACGGCUCAGAAAUCAUGUUAGAUCUGAACCUGCCCACUUCGGCUAUUGGUGCGGCUACUCCAGUGUUCGUAUGUGGGAUUGAAGAGGAAGCCAUCACUCUGAUCCAGUCUAUGUACAAAACCACCGUCGGCAAACCAUUAGACGCUGCUCAUGCACAGACGGUCAAGACAGCAGCCAGCAGUCGUCUCUGUAUUGGAGUGGCAGAGUUCGCCAAAAGUAUUAUGGACUCUCUGAAGAUCAACGAAUACAAAGAAUGCUCAUUUCAGAUUCCUCUCUAUUGCUUCACAUCGCUGCAAGAAGCGUGUGUGGCCUAUUACAAAGUCUUAUGGCCAAGUAAAAGCGUCAAGUGGAAGCCGGAAUCAGCAAUCAAUUACAUGCGUCAACACAUGGUGCAAGUGCUGUUUUAUCUGACCUUUGAAGACUUUGUCAGAGAAAUAUGUCUGAGAGAGCAAGACGGAUCGCUGUCUAUCAAUCAACAAAGAAGGACAAUACGGACUGUUGCCGGCGACUGGGUCCUACAAGCCGCUUACGGUGAUGUGGAUACUAAAGCAGCGCGGAAACACGUCGCAGAGGAGUGCCGCUGGGGCCAUCGGUGGUGGAAGGUUGCAAGCUAUGAUGGAUUAGGUCUCCUACUCCUCGCUAGUGAUGGUCUGGCUAAGUAUAUGUAUUUUGAGCUUUCCCGUGACGUCCGCAAACCCUACUGA